UCGGCUCGAGCUCGGGCUCAGCCUGGCCGAGUUUUUGUGCGCGUGUGCGGCUCCCGAGGUUCACCGGGCUGCGGAGAGAGCGAGAGCUGGUGACCGGAGGAAUUUUUUAAAAAACUGGUAUUCAUGAGUUGUGAUUACACAAAAACUACACAAUGUCAAGAAAGAACAAAAGAUCCACUGGAAAUGUUUCAUUCUGGGCACCUAGUAAAAAUAUGUGCUCCUAUGGUUCGAUAUUCAAAAUUGGCUUUCAGAACACUAGUGAGGAAAUACGACUGUGAUCUGUGUUAUACUCCAAUGAUAGUGGCUGCUGAUUUUGUCCGAUCUAUAAAAGCCAGAGAUAGCGAAUUCACCACAAACAAAGGUGAUUGUCCACUGAUUGUUCAAUUUGCUGCUAAUGAUGCACAACUUUUAUCUGAUGCUGCCCGAAUAAUCUGUCCUUAUGUGAAUGGAAUAGACAUUAACUGUGGUUGCCCUCAGAGAUGGGCCAUAACAGAAGGAUAUGGUGCAUGUUUAAUAAAUAAACCUGAACUUGUUCAAGAUAUGGUUAAACAAGUAAGAAGUCAAGUGGAAAACCCAAAGUUUUCAGUGUCCAUUAAAAUAAGGAUUCAUGAUGAUCUUACAAGAACUGUAGAUCUUUGUCGGAAAGCUGAAGCAACAGGGGUUUCCUGGAUUACAGUUCAUGGGAGAAAUAUUGAAGAAAGACACCAGCCAGUACACUAUGAUGCAAUUAAAAUAAUUAAAGAAAAUUUAUCUAUACCUGUAAUUGCUAAUGGAGACAUUAAAAGUUUAAAGGAAGCAGAAAAUGUUCAGGAAAUAACUGGGACAAAUGGUAUAAUGGUUGCAAGAGGACUUUUAGCAAAUCCUGCUAUGUUUGCUGGAUAUAAAGAAACCCCCCUGAAAUGCAUCUGGGACUGGGUUGACAUUGCCCUUGAGCAUGGCACACCUUUUAUGUGUUUUCAUCAUCAUUUAAUGUACAUGAUGGAAAGGAUAACAUCAAAGCAAGAAAAAAAGGUGUUUAAUGCUCUGUCAAGUACAACUGCAGUUUUAGAUUACCUUACAGACCAUUAUAGCAUGUGAAACUGUCAGAUAUAUAAUGUAUUUUUUAUAUUUAUGAUGAGAAUCAAGUCUAGGUUUUUUUUUUAAUCCUAUAAUGCACAGAAAAAGCUCACUAGUAAUGUUGUUUUAUCCAAUUUUUUUCUAAAGGGAUCAUAUCUUUAAUAUUUUUAUAAGCAGCAUUUUAUUUUAAAAUAAAAUGUUCAUGAUUUGAAUAUAGCCCCAAUGUGUGAAUAUGAAUAUUGCUACAAACAUGUUUUUUAAUGAAAAUAACUACAGAGGUUACGAAACCAGUGUUAAAAUCUUUAUAAAUGGAGAACUAAAAAUUUGUAAAGAACUGCUCCCAUACAUGAUGAGCUCCACUUGAAAAACCAGAUUGAUAGUGUUUAAUUGAAUUCCACAUUCAUAGAAGCAUAAUUUAAAAUAAAUACCAUUAAAAUAAAUACAUUUAGUGGCUUCUAACAUUUAUAUACAAGAUUUCCUAAAAUUCUAUAAAUGGCAUUAUUUAACAACUUCUCAGCUCUCCCAGGUCAUUUAGGAAAUUGAAAGAACUUGAUAAACACAUAUUCCUGAAAAAGUUAAAUAAAUGGCAUUCCCCUUCCCAUCCCUGAAGCAGUUUCCUAGCUGAAAUCUAUAUCUGUCAUCUUAAGGAUGAAUGUUUUUAGUGAUGGAUUGUAAAGGAUUAUGUCCAUCUGACGUAGUAGAAAAAAAGUUUAUCCUUUUUUUUAAAAAAGCUUAUCAUACCAGUUUUGAUAAGCAGGUUUUGGUAUUUUGAUGCUUUUCAUUGAUUGAUGACAAUAUUGAGUUCUUUGCUCUGAGACUUUUACCAUAUGUUGGGAGAGGGAGGAGGGAAA